ACACACACACAGUGACCUCUCUCUGUCCCAUACACACACACACACACACACACACACUUCUGCAGACACCUCUAACACACAUUACCACACACUACUCAGCACUGCUGUUGCUGGUCACUAUUUUUGACUCUUGGACCGGAGAGGAGAGGAGAAGGAGAGGGAACCCCAGAAAGCCUCUGCACCUUUUGUCUGGGCAGUCACUGGGUCACCUCCAGCUUCACAGGUGUGUGUGUGUGCGUGUGUGUGUUUUGGUCCAUUUAUUCCCACCGGAGAGGACAACAGAAGAAAAGUGACACAGAGCUGGACUGUCCUUAGGAUUAACUCCCCGGUGAGAGACGUCCAGAGAGGAGGGCAAGAGGAGGGACACCGCGGAGCGGCUCCCCAGGCUGGGAUGGCUUUCUCUGGGUAGAUUGCCCACUCUGCUGCCCUGGGACCGAGACAGAGUCUGGCUCCCAGAACCACAGAAGAGCCACAGGAACCAGAGGGGAACCAGAGAGAGAGAGAGAGAGAGAGAGAGAGAGAGAGAGAGAGAGCUGAGCUUUAUCAGCAGGUGAAAAGGUGCUUGUGAGACUGAGACCGUGAGACCGUGUGUGUGACCAUGGCUUUCCCCGCUGUGCUGAUGUCACUACUGCUGCUGUGCAGCUGGCCAGCCCAGGGGUCGCAGGUCAACCAAGGGUCAGAGGUCAACCAGGGGGCGCAGGAGUUCGACAGCAGCGAGGGACCGGAGGCGGAGUUCCUGUCAGCCGCCGGUCGCGUUCGGCGCGCACCGCCAGACACCACCGCUGCCGCGUCUGAGAAGUGCUCGUACACGUUCAUCGUGCCGCAGCGCAAGGUGACCGGGGCCAUCUGCGUCAACUCGCGCGAGCCGGACGCGUCGUCGGCGGGCGUCGUGGGGGCGCGCGUGCACAAGCAGGAGCUGGAGACGCUCAACGGCGAGCUGCACAAGCAGAAGCGCCAGAUCGAGACGCUGCAGCAGCUGGUGGAGGUGGACGGCGGCGUGGUCAACGAGGUCAAGCUGCUGCGCAAGGAGAGCCGCAACAUGAACUCGCGCGUCACGCAGCUCUACAUGCAGCUGCUGCACGAGAUCAUCCGCAAGCGCGACAACGCGCUCGAGCUCUCGCAGCUGGAGAACCGCAUCCUCAACCAGACGUCCGAGAUGCUGCAGCUGACCACUCGCUACAAGGACCUGGAGCACAAGUACCAGCACCUGGCCUCGCUGGCCAACAACCAAUCGGCGCUCAUCGCCCGGCUGGAGGAGCAGUGCCAGCCUCAGCGCAGUCGUCCGGUGGUGCCCGCCGUGCGUCCGAUGCCCCGAGCGCAGCCUCAGCCCCGCCACCCCAUGAGAGCCGCCCCAGCAGCCGGGCUGCGCCUGGCCAACAAGCCCUACCAGCCGCCCACGUACGGCCGCAACAACCAGAUCACCAACGAGAUCCAGAGUGACCAGAACUCCAAGGUGCCGCCGCCGCUACCCACGAUGCCCAGCGGCACGCACAGUCCGUCCACCACCGACAAGCCCUCAGGUCCCUUUAAGGACUGCCUGGCGGCACUGGACGAGGGCCACACCAACACGGGCAUGUUCCUGGUCAAGCCGGAGGGCUCCAACCGGCUGAUGCAGGUGUGGUGCGACCAGCGUCAGGACCCCGGGGGCUGGACUGUCAUCCAGAGGAGGCUGGACGGCUCCGUCAACUUCUUCAGGAACUGGGAGACGUACAAGCAAGGCUUUGGCAACAUUGACGGUGAGUACUGGCUGGGCCUGGAAAACAUCCACUGGCUGACGAGCCAGGGCAACUACAAGCUGUUGGUGACCCUGGAGGACUGGGCGGGCAGGAAGACCUUCGCCGAGUACGCCAGCUUCCGCCUGGAGCCCGAGGCCGACUUCUACCGCCUCCGUGUGGGACGCUACCACGGCAACGCCGGCGACUCACUCACCUGGCACAACGGCAAGCAGUUCACCACGCUCGACCGUGAUCACGACGUCUACACAGGUAACUGCGCCCACUACCAGAAGGGUGGCUGGUGGUAUAACUCUGCCCACUUGGCCUGAGCAGGCGUGUGGUACGCGGCACUACGCCGGUACCAGGAUAAAGAGUCUACUGAGGCCGAGGUUCCAUCAGGGGCCUACUCCCUGAAGAAGGUGGUGAUGAUGAUCCGGCCAAACCCCAACACCUUCCACUAGGGCUACGGUGGCCCUACUGGGACACACUGCAGGGGCCCGACUGCCUUUAAUGGACACAUUUCCCACUCCUUCCCUUGCUCCUGCGAACUCUGACAUCCAAAGAGAAGCUAACUCACACAUUUAAUCUCAUCUGGACGUUUCUGUGGACAUUCUCCUGCUACUCCGGACAGCUUGGGUGAGAAGCAGAGAGACUGACGGCAGUGGACACACACACACACACACACAUAUACACACACACACACACGCACACACACACACACACA